CUUUGGAAAGGGCACGAAAAGGAAAAAAUGAAGAUUUACGAGUCCAUCAGCCGAAAGGAACUAGAGGAGCGGUUCAAACCACUAAAAGCCACCUUUUCACCUUGGCCUUUUGCAGUAACCUCUAUCAAAGGUAUCAAACGCCGCGAAACUACUCAAACUGGGCAGGUUAACUACAUUGUUGAAUUUAAAGAUGGUCAAACUAGACAGAUCCCUGCAAAAAGUUUAAAUGUAACCAAAAAGAAAUUAGUUGAGGAUUUCGAACUUCAACGAUUUCGUGAUUCACAACAGCCUGUCACCAGGAAACGAGCCACCAAUUCCUUCAAACCUAGAAUCGAUGCUAAAAAGAAAGCUCGUCUCCGAGGCAGAAUCGGCAGCAACGAUGACAGUGCUCCAGCGAGUGUUCCAAGCUCAGACAACAGUGACAGCGACAGCGAAGAUGAUACACGCGCAGUAUCUGCCACCCGAAGCGGACGAAAAUCUACUCAAAGUAAGACUUAUCAAACCGAAUUUUACGCUGGAAAAUUAGGCGAGAAAAAGCGCAACACACAAAUACUUCAUGUUCCUAUACCAGAGGAUCCCAAUUUUAUUGCGCAUCACUCAGAACUAUGUUAUCGUUGUAACGAAUCGGGAAAUCAUAAAGGUCCUAUUGAUGUACCCGUGGGCACUGACGCUAAAAAACAACGCUUAUUAUUAUGUAAAUCAUGUUCAUAUUCGAUUCACAAUAACUGUUUACCUCAAUUUGUCAGCCCUUUUUUUGAAAACGGCCAAAUGACCUGUGUGAAAUGUCAACGAAAAAACUCUUGUGUUGAAUGCCACAAAGCCAUUCCUGGAAAAAACGAUACAAAGCUAGCCUUCCGGUGUAAUUUUUGCUUUAGAGGAUUUCACAACAAAUGUAUUAAAAAGGGUGUGUCGUCUGAUCUUAUCGAAGAAACCAAAGAUACGGACCCAGAAGCCAUUUACGCGAAUGGAAUUUGUUUUGAGUGUGCAAAAUUCGGUCAAAAGCAUGGGUCCAUCGUUGCCGAAAGAACAGUGAACAACAAAACCGAAUUUUUGAUAAAAUGGAAAAAUGUUUCUUAUCGCCACACAAAUUGGGUAUUAGAGAGUUGGAUGCAAGGAGCUCAGUCCACUGCCUACAGGGCUUAUAUCAAGAAACGUUCAGAACAGGACUUUGUCACACAGAACGGCAUUCCUAUCGAAUGGAAGACUGUGGAUAGAAUUUUGAAUGUCGAAUGGUUGGAUAAGAGUAAAUUGAAAGCAAAGAGAAUUUUGGCUGUGUAUAAAGAUACUAGUUAUGAAGACGCUGUAUGGGAUGAUCCACCUACAGAGGAUGAAACUGAAUUAUAUCCAGAUUACGAAAUUGCCCUCAAAAGAUACAUCCUAGCCAGUAAAGUUAAGCCCCCAAUCGGUGUUAGACAGUUGAUCUCUGAUGUGCGUAAAAGUGCAAAGACUGAAAGUUACGAAAAGCAUGAACUUAAAUCGCAACCUGGAUUUAUUACUGGUGGUACUUUGAUGAAGCAUCAACUGGAAGCAUUAAACUGGUUACUAUAUCAAUGGGAAAACAAGCAAUCAUGUAUCUUGGCUGAUGAUAUGGGAUUAGGAAAGACGAUUCAAAUCAUUGGUUAUCUUUAUACAUUGUAUAAAAAAUUCAACAUAUAUCCGUUUGUGAUUGUUGUACCCAACAGUACCGCCACCAAUUGGAUCCGUGAAUUUAAUAAGUGGGCGCCGGAAAUGGUAGUGGCGCCAUUUUUUGGUGGCCAGACCGGUCGUACAUUAGCGAUGGACAAUGAAAUCUUUGACAACCGAAUUAACAUAAAAUGUCAUGUUGUUGUCACUACGUAUGAAUCGUCAAUGGAAUCAACAAGAUUACAAAAUAUUUUUUGGGCAGUCAUGGUGGUGGAUGAGUCACAACGUCUCAAGAAUGACCAAUCCUCAUUAUUUAAAACUCUCAAGAACUACAAGGUGGAUCAAAUUACUCUGUUGACAGGCACUCCGCUUCAAAAUAAUUUACGGGAAUUAUUCAACAUCAUGAAUUUCAUUCAGCCUAAAGACUUUCAUGGUAGUGAAGCGGCUGGAUAUGCUGACAUGACAAAGUUGAAGGUAGAUGAACUUCAUAGUCGAUUAAGACCCCAUUUCUUAAGACGUACCAAGGAAGAAGUGUUAAAGACAUUGCCACCAAAAUAUGAACUGAUCGUACCUCUUUCCAUGACCCCCUUACAAAAAGAAGUUUACAAGCAAUGCCUCAGUAGAGAAAUUUAUGAAACAUUGAAUCUUGCCACAGGCUCCAAAAUUCAGAGAGGCUUAUCCAGUAUUUUCAUGAAUUUAAGAAAGGUCUUAAAUCAUCCUUAUCUUUUAGAUGGUGUUGAAACAAGUCACCCCACACCUGAGGAGACCCAAAGUGCUAUGAUUAAUGCUUGUGGAAAACUAAUGUUAUUCCAUCAAAUGUUUCCUAAGCUGAAGGCUGCUGGACAUCGUAUCUUGUUAUUCUCCACCAUGACCCGUGUAUUAGAUGUUUUAGAAGAUUAUAUGACAUUUGAAAAUAUUGGGUAUGUUCGUUUGGACGGUAGUUGUAAUGAGCGUAGUCGUGUCAGAAGUAUCGAUGCCUUUAACGCUCCUGGCUCAAAGAUUGACGUCUUUCUACUUUCAACCCGUGCUGGUGGUGUCGGUAUCAAUUUGACUACAGCAGACACAGUUAUUAUCUGGGACUCAGACUUCAAUCCUUAUGCUGAUUUACAGGCCAUUAGUCGUGCUCACCGUAUUGGACAAACUAACAUGGUGCUCAUUCUUCGUUUAAUGACUCGUUUAACCGUAGAGGAAAAGGUACUUCAAAUCGGUAAAAAGAAAAUGGCCCUUGAGCAUGUCGUAGUCGAACGUAUGAAAGAAAAUGAAGAGGAUAAGAUUGAGGACAUUGAGUCCAUUCUCAAGUUUGGUGCCGAAGCUUUGUUUGCCGACGAUGAUUCCACAGAUGUGCAGUAUGAUUCUGCCGCGCUCGAUAAAUUGUUAGAUCGUGAAAGAUACCGUGAGGCAGCAAUUGAAAAUCAAAAAGAAGAGAUUCGUGCCGCUGAAGAAGGAAAGACAAAGGAAGCAGAGCAAGGUGUGAAUUUCUCCUUUGCUAAAGUAUGGAAAGUAGAUGGUUCAGUGGAGGAGCUUCCGUCUGAUGAGGAUGGUAAUCAAAAAGACGAUGCUUCUUCUGAUUUCUGGCAAAAGUUCCUUAAGGAGAAAGAGAUUGAAGCAGAAAGGAAAAGAGAGGAAAAGCGCCUAGCUGCAGAAAAUCUUGGUCGCGGUGCUCGUAAAAGAGCAGUGGUUACUUAUAGUGAAACUAAAGAGUCAAUGCCAACAAAAGACAAAGGUUCAACUAUCUUAGAUCCAGAAUUUAUUUUUGAGGAAAAUGAUAAUGAGGAAUUGGAAGAUUUGGAAGAGAAAGCUAUUGAACAACCUAAACAGAGGCUCUCAACUAAAGAAAUUGCACCCCGACCUGUGAUAAUGCAUGCCGAACAAAGCUCUUUCCAGAACAUAUCAAAUUUUCCAUCAAUUCCACUCGGCCGAUCCUAUCAAGAAAACUUAUAUACUGAUAUGUUUAAUGUAUCACUUCCAUUUUUUAAUAGAAUGAAAAACAUAGCCAGUAAAGCCUUCCAUGACAACGUUCACUUAACCGAAGCCUACCAAAAUGGUACGAAAGUGUUAUACAGCGAACUGGACAAAGCUAUUGAUGAUCGAUUUAUUGAGCGUGACUUCGUUGUCCAAUUUAGAGCUGGCUUAGCAAGAAAUAUUGAUCAAACUGUGUUGCAAGGUAUCUUUAGAUCGCAAAUCACUUUAUUACAGGAAUUGAAACACCGUCUCAAUGUCUUUAUCCGCAGCGAAAUGGAAAUGCAUUUUAAUAAUCUGUAUGCCAUGCGGAAAAGAAUACCAACGACUCAGCACCGUGAUUAUAGAUUUUCUGGAGAACACGACCGUAUAAGACGUGAAGAUGAGCAGAAAAACUCCGAGGCCGUGUUUUCCAAUCAACAAGGCCGAGGCAAUGCAACAGAUAAUCAAAUGCAUUUUGGUCUGGUCCCAAUACAAAAAAAACCGGCUCAGCAACCUGUGCCCCAUCAACAACAUGCUGGAUUACUUGACCGACAACAAGUGCAGCAAAUUGCUUAUGCCCAAAAUUACGCUCAAAAUGAGGCUCAACAGCGAGUUCUUGUCCAACAAGCUGCUGCUCAACAACAACAGGCUGCUCAGCAACAGGCUGCUCAGCAACAGGCUGCUCAGCAACAGGCUGCUCAACAAUAUGCUGCUCAACAAUAUGCUGCUCAACAACAGGCUGCUCAACAACAGGCUGCUCAACAACAGGCUGCUCAACAACAGGCUGCUCAACAACAGGCUGCUCAACAACAGGCUGCUCAACUUCAGGCUGCUCAACAACAGGCUGCUCAACAACAGGCUGCUCAACUUCAGGCUGCUCAACUUCAGGCUGCUCAACAACAUGCUGCUCAACAACAUGCUGCUCAACAACAUGCUGCUCAACAACAUGCUGCUCAACAACAUGCUGCUCAACAACAUGCCGCUCAACUACAAGCCGCUCAACAACAACAUGUUGCUCAACAAGAAGCCCGUGCAAAGGAAGAGCAGCAUCAGCAACUUUUGGAACGUCAACAAUCUAUUGCGACGCAGCAAGCACAGAAACAAGUCUUUGAGAACGAGCCAGAAAAGCAAAUGCCAGAAGCUUCCCUGCAGUCUCAGUCUUCUGCUCCUGUGCAACCAUUGACACAACUUACCCCAGAGAUGGCUUUGGAACUACAAAAUUAUCUCAUACAGCACCAAGGACAGCAAGUUAACUUACAAGAUUUCUUUAGCAGCAUGUCUAAGAAGAGUGAAGAAGAAAAAUUGAAAGAGGCAGCAGCAGCAGCAGAAGUAGCAGAACAACAUCGUCAGGCCGAGGAAGCACGUAAUGAAAAACUGCGGGUGGAUGCGUUAGCCCGCGAUAUGAUUUCGACCAGUAACACACACCUUAACUCCCAAAACUCGUCACCUAGACCGCCAUACGAAGGUAUGAAUCCACCGCCUGACCCAUACCAUGUUAAUAUAAUGGGAAUCGAAACACUCUCCAGAAAGAAUGCCGAAUACUUUCAAAAUGUCAGUCCAGAAAUGAAACGCUCUCUAUUUAACGCACCACCUCCUGUUCCAGAUAAGCAUGCAGUUGAUAAUUUUGAAAAAACCGCUUCUGUAUCCCCUUCACUAGUAUCUCCUUCUACAUUAAGCCCAACCCAAAUUGAACGAAACUAUCAAGAAGCGAUACGAAAGCUUCAAAACACAAAUCCAAAUAAUCAAUAAAUUAUGGAUAGGGCGUUUCGCGAACAAUAAAUUGUAUUAACCAAAUAUUUUGAAACAAAGAA